UCUAUAUCGACAGCCCUUUCCGCUCAAAUUUCAGAGGGAGAGAGAGAGAGAAAUGGAGAAAGAAGGGAGUCUGAGGUUGAGGCGAAUUGCGAUGAAGAAGGAGGAGGUGGAGGCAUUGGAGUUCAUAGAAGAGAUGACGAGUCAUGUAGAUGAGGUGCAGCAGAUGGUGCUGGACGACAUCCUCUCCACCAAUGCCAACGCUGAGUACCUACAGAGGCAUGGGAUAUUCGGUGGAAGUACAGACUUGAAAACCUUCAAGUCCAAGCUGCCAAUCAUCGAAUACCAAGACAUCCUGCCCGAUGUACGAAGGAUAGCAAACGGUGAUCCUUCACCCAUUUUUUCCGCCCAACCUGUCACCGAGUUUUUAACCAGCUCAGGAACUUCAGGGGGUGAGCGGAAAAUGGUCCCGGUGAUUGCAAACCAUCAUGAAGGGACUUAUACAUUCUUCGGAUGGCUCAUUCCCGCCAUCUUGAACAAGUAUAUUUCAGGACUAGAUAAAGGAAAAGUCCUACACUUCUUCUCUACUAAAACAGAGACCAAGAGUCCAGCUGGAAUUAUCAUGCGGCCAAUACUUACAAGCUACUAUAAAAGUUCUCAAUUUCUUUGUAAGCACUAUGCUAACAUCAAUUACACCAGCUCCAUUCCCUCCAUCCACUGCACAGAUGUCUUCCAAAGCUUGUAUGCUCAAAUGCUUGCCGGCCUAGCUGACCGGCUUGCCGUCUUUCAGAUAGGUUCAGUUUUUCCACCAAGCUUUCUCCAGGCUAUCCGCUUUCUUGAGCUUCACUUUCAGGACCUUGCAGCAGAUAUUGAGCAUGGGACAGUCAAUCCACAAGUCACUGACACAGCAAUUAGAGCAGCAUUAGUAAACAUUCUCACCCCGGACCCAGAAAAUGCAGCACACAUAAGGAAGGAAUGUUCAAGUGGGGAUUGGCAGGGUAUCAUUAGGAGGAUUUGGCCGAAUACAAAAUUCCUGGAUAUUUUAGUGUCAGGAGCAAUGGUGCAGUAUAUCCCAAGCUUGAACUUCUACAGUGGGGACUUGCCUUUGGCCAGCUAUCUCUAUGGAUCAUCAGAGUGCUUAGUUGGGUUGAACUUAUAUCCUUUUACUAAGCCUGAGGACAUCGCCUAUACCAUUAUGCCUAACAUGGCAUACUUCGAGUUUUUGCCUGUCAAGCCUGUAGAUGAUGUUGGCCAGAUAAGGGCAGAGCAAGUGGUGGACCCUGUGGAUUUGGCUCACGUAGAGGAUGGAAAAGAGUAUGAGAUUAUUGUGACCACUUAUUCUGGUCUUUACCGCUAUAAAAUUGGAGACGUACUAAGGGUUGCCAAAUUCUACAACAAAGCUCCCCAAUUCCAGCUUGUUGGCCGGAAAAAUGUUUGCCUCAGCAUUGAUGUGGACAAAACAGAAGAGACAGAGUUACAGAAGGCCAUAGCUGCAGCUGAACUUUCUCACCUUAGGCCACAUAAUGCAAGAGUUCUUGACUACACUUGCUAUACUGAUGUUAAGACAAUUCCAGGGCAUUAUGUUAUUUACUGUGAACUUCCACCAGACAAUUAUAGUGAGAACUCUUCAUUCUCACUGAUAAUCGACCAAUGCUGCCUCACUAUUGAAGAGUCGCUAAAUUCUGUUUACAGAUCACUGCGUGCCUACUACAAAAGAAUAGGACCAUUGGAGAUCAAGCUUGUGAAAAGUGGCACAUUCCAUGAAGUAAUGGACCAUGCUAUAGCUAGAGGUGCUUCUGCUGCACAAUACAAGCUUCCUAAGUGUGUCAAAUCUACUUGGAUGCUGGAGAUAUUGGAGGCGAGGGUUGUGUCAGCUCAUUCUAGUCCAGGUGUUCCAACUUGGUCGCCAUGUCCACAGCAGAAGAUGGCUUCAAACGGAUAAGCUCAAGUUUCUGGAAGGAGAUCUACUUGCAUUAUAUUUUGUCUGCGGGUCUGUAUUGGUUGUAUACAAUUUUCUGGUGGUUCUAUCUAUCUAUGAACAUGAACUUCUUCCCUA